AUGGCAACCUCACUGUCGGAUCUUACUUCCACCCUCAAGUCCGCGCUGGCAAAUCUCCCAUCCCCAGAGAACAUCAAAGAAGAGGAGCGUAUGCAGCUUCUCGGGGCAAUCGGUCAGCUUCAGUCCGCAUUAGAGACACCGGUCCAGAUUAUCCAAAAGUACUGUUUUGGGCACUAUGGAAUUGCCGGAAUCAGGGUUGCCCAGGGCAUGGGAAUCUUCGAUGCUUUCGUCACAUCCAACGGGGCCGAGAUGACUUUCGCAGACCUUUCGUCAAAAACGAAAGGGGACGUGGAGCUUCUCAAACGUAUUAUGCGAUUCCUUUGCUCUCAUGCCAUCUUCAAGGAAACUAGCUCCGAAACAUAUCGGCCUUCACAGACAGCCAUGCUGUUCGGAACUGGAUCAGUGCCUGGUGAUAUGAUCAAGCAUUUUCACACAAAUAUGCAAAUGACCUCGAAACACUUUGAAUAUUUCGAAGCGAGGGGCUACAAGAAUCCUUCGGAUGCUUAUGAUGCUCCCUUUCAACUGGCCUAUCACACGAACGAGCAUUACUUCGACUGGAUGAGCAAAAGACCUGAGAUACAAAGUGUGUUCAACUCAGUAAUGACGGAGUCCAAACGACACUACGGUGUUGAGUGGUUCGAGUUUUAUCCAGUUCUGGACAAGCUACAGGUAACUCCAGAGCGAGUUGCCUUAGUUGAUGUCGGUGGUGGUGUGGGACAUGAUAUUACAGCACUCAAGGCACGGUUCCCACAAUUGCCAGGCAAAUACAUUGUCGAGGACCUCCCUCAAGUCAUUGACGAUAUUAAAGAGCCGCUCCCCGAAGGAAUCAAUGCUGUCAAGAUCAAUAUGUUCGAGGGACAGCCGAUUAAAGAUGCCAAGGCUUACUACAUGCGGACGGUCCUGCAUGACUGGCCAGACAAGCCGGCGCUGGAAGUCCUGCGUCACAUCCGCCAGGCGAUGGCCAGCGACUCAAUCCUCCUCAUCAAUGAGCAUGUAAUGCCCGAAGGUGCCAAUGUUCCUGUACUAUCCGCAACACUGGAUCUCCAUAUGAUGGAGGUCUUUUCCGCCCUCGAGCGAACGGAGAAGCAAUGGAUUGACCUGCUCGAGAGGGCGGAGUUCAAAGUUACCAAAGUUUGGAAGUCUGAUGCGGGCUUUGACACUGCGGUAUUUGAGGCUACUUUGGGAUAA